AGAGCAGUUGAGGUCGGUCGGGUUGUACAGUAGCAGACGGAGGCGUGCUCAUCGCCCGCAUGUGACCCGCUGCAGGGAGAAACAGGUGGAUGCGGGUCAGACUGGAGACGGAAAGAGCACAGAGCAUCUCGUGUCAGAGGUAAAAUCAAUCUGUUUUGGAUUCCUCCAUCAGAUCAAGUGGUUUUAUCAGCUGUAGGGCCCCAUCCCAGCCUUCGAAUGCAUUUGUCACUGGACACGAUGAACAUGGUGGAUGACAGUUGUCUUUCGCCCAGUAACUUCCACGAGAUGGUCAAAGCAGGGGGCGCGGCGGUGUGCACUCGUGUCCACAGCAUAGAUGUCAUCCUGGGCUUCAACAAAGACCAGGAUCCUUUGCUCAACCCUGGAGGCAAUGCUGUAGCACACAAAGUUGGAGAUGAAAGUCUUGGAGAUCCAGGGAAGCAGGAACAGCGGGUACAUCCCUACGGGCAUCUGCCACCCCUCAGGGAUGGUUCGGAGCAACCUACAUUUCACGAUUCUGACAUAUUCUCCAAUAAGUGUGACGGGGAGUUGGGCGAUCUGCGGAAGUCCAUUGAGAGUGACAGCAAGUCUCCAGAUUCAGCCGAUACAGAGCAACCCAAGAAAAAGCACCGCCGCAACCGCACAACCUUCACUACGUACCAGCUCCACGAGCUUGAGCGAGCCUUCGAGAAGUCCCACUACCCUGAUGUUUACAGCCGAGAGGAGCUGGCCAUGAAAGUCAACCUCCCUGAAGUUCGAGUGCAGGUUUGGUUCCAGAAUCGGAGAGCCAAAUGGAGGCGACAGGAGAAAAUAGACGCCAGCACUAUGAAACUCCAUGACUCCCCCAUGCUCUCCUUCAACCGCCCUCCAAUGCACCCCACUGUGGGCCACAUGAACAACUCGCUGCCCCUUGAUCCUUGGCUGCCCUCCCCUCUAUCCAGUGCCACUCCAGUGCACAGCAUCCCAGGGUUCAUGGGUCCUACACAAGGACUACAAGUGGGCUAUGCCAAUCAUGGUUUCCUUAGCCCACCCCAACCCAUGGCCCAAAGCAUGCAGCCCAUGGCGCCGCCUCCAUACCAAUGCCCUUCACCCUUCACUGACAAAUACCCUCUGGAGGACGUAGAUCAGCGCAGUUCAAGCAUUGCCACAUUGAGGAUGAAAGCUAAGGAACACAUCCAGUACAUGGACAAAACCUGGCCACCCAUGUGCUAAGACAGGGUACAUCUCUCUUUAGCUGCGGGCCUUCAUAUUUCUUGGUUACUAAUUGGUACUGAAGGCUACUCAAGAACCAUGUUUCUUGUAUUGGAUGGUUAUCUUAUUCUCCAGGUCAGAAAAGGUUGUGCCAGCGAAAUGUAGGCGCUAAAUGACUUGUGUGCCAUUUAUUUAUUUUUUUGCAACUGGAUAUAAAAAAAAAAAAACCUUCCAAUCAACUGUUGAGUCUGGAUGAGGAAAAACAUUCUGUUUCAUAUAUGUAUUUGUAACGCACACAUUGGCAUGUUUUAUUUCUUUCACUGUCCUAACAGGUUUGAUUGGUUUUGGAGUGGUUUCUAAAACCAGAGUUACUGAAAUGUGAAUAUGAGGGCGUGUUUUGCAUCACAUGAACUCUGUCUGCAAAUUCACACUUCCUCCUGAAGGACCAGAUGUUUUUGGUUUAAACAAAAGAUAAAUAUGGUCAGCGGUUAGAAAAGACCUCUUAGACAGGCAGCUGAUUUUAUCCAAACCCCUCUGUUUGAUCACAAAGGCAAGGCAAAGGGACAGAAAUUAUUGGUUUUGGGGGAAAAGUUUAUACGCCUCAGUGUUCAUUAGAGGCAAAUGCUUAUUGGCAGACCCAUCUCCUGUACGUGCAGAAGAACAGAAGGGGAAACUAUGCCAUCAUCCUUUCCUGACUCCCCCUUUGUUUGGGCCAGUUGAUGUAAGUCUGAUCUUUUUGUUUCAGCUUUUUUAGAGGGAAAGACUGUCAGAGACUGUCACUUUAAGACUCCAAUCAAGAUCAGAAGGUUUUUUAGAUAAAACACCAUCAUUGUGCUUUAAGUCUCACUUUAUGAUGACUCAGAGAAUAAUUAACCUUCAAAACAGACCUGGCUUCAAAGGACCAAUGUCAUGUCCCACAAACACGCAAGUGGGAUUCGCUGCUUAUUUUUGAAAGGAAACUCACUCAGUUCAUGUUGCCAGAGUUUUUGUAGCAAUAAAUCAUGUGUAGUUGUGUUUGACUAACAAAGUUAUGGACAGCUAGAUAUUGACUCCUGUCAGGAAAGGUAUUAAACUUUAAAAUUGAUUGAAUUACUCAUUUGAACAAACUAUGCUUACUAAUAAUGUUUUAAGAUUAGCUGUAUAAAGAUAUCAAGGACGAAGAGUUUGUAGAUGUUAUGAAUAUAUACAGUUGAUUGAACUGUAUAAGCCAGUUGUUUUUUUGUUUAAUGUUGCUUCCCACAGUUCUGUUAUGAGGCCCUUUGGGCAAAAUGUUAGUUUACAAUCUGA